GACAGGUGUGAAGCUGGAGAUUGAGUCUGAGUUGUUGCAUCAUCAGCUGAGCAUAAUCAGAAGUCCUGUAAAAAAGCUGCAAAGAAAAGACCUCUCAGAGGAACACGUCUUUAAGGAGGAAACUGAUGAUGAUCAGCUUCUCUGGAAGCAGGAGAGGAGCUCCAGUCCAGAUGAGGAGAUUAAAGAGGAGCAGGAUGAGCACUUCAUCUGUGAGGAGGGGGAGCAGCUUGAACUGAAGCAGGAGACCGAUGCUUUUAUGGUCAAUGAGCAUGAUCAGGAAAAGAUGGACUCCAAACCAGAACCAAGUGAGAGUCCAGUUCUGGAAGCAAAAACUCAGAUCAGAAACAGUGAUGCUCUGACUGUCCUGACGGACUCCCCUUCAAACGAGAGCUCACCUUCCUGUGGAACAUGUGGAAAAGUUUUUACUCGAUGGGAUAGUUUAAUGGUUCACAUGAGAAUACACACAGACCUCUCAGAGAAACACAUUUAUAAAGAGGAGACUGAAGAAGAACAGCUUCUCUGGAAGCAGGAGAAGAGCUCCAGUCUGGAUGAAGAGGAACCAGAACUUUCACAGAUCAAAGAGGAGUGGGAGGAGGUCUGCAUUGGAGAGGAAGGAGAGCAUCUUGAACUGGAGGAGGAGAAUGAUGCUUUCACGGUCACUGAACGUGAUCAGGGAAAUAUGAACUCCAAACCAGAACCAAGUGAGAGUCAAACUGUGGAAGAAAACCCUCAGAUCCAAAACAGUGAUGCUGUAACUGUACUAGUGGACUCUCCUUCCCCUAAGAGCUUACAUUCCUGUGAAACGUGUGGAAAAAAAUUUACUCAACGUGGUAAUUUGAAUACUCACAUGAGAACGCACACAGGUGAGAGGCCAUUUACAUGUAAAGUAUGUGAAAAAAGUUUUACCAAAAGUAGCAUCUUAAGCGUCCACAUGAGAACUCACACAGGUGAAAGACCCUUUACCUGUGAUGUGUGUGGAAAAAGUUUCAUGCAAUGUGCAAACCUGCGUGUCCACAUGAGAACUCAUACGGGUGAAAGGCCUUUUAGAUGUAAAGUGUGUGAAAAAAGUUUUACUAAAAGUAGCAUCUUAAAUGUCCACGUGAGAACUCACACAGGGGAGAGGCCUUUUUCCUGUGAAGUAUGUGGACAAAGUUUCAUCACAGGGAGUGUCUUAAAGGUUCACAUGAAAAAUCACACUGGAGAAACUCCUUUUUCAUGUAAAGUUUGUAAAAAG